GCCAGAUUUGUAGAUGCGAGUAAGCAUAUAGCAAACGCCUCUUAAUAAAAAAAAAUCAGAAACAAGAAUUCAGGAUUUUGAAGUGAAGUGGAAGUCAGAGAUCGAAAUUUCCAAUUUGUCCUGUAAACAGUUGAAGAUGGCAGCAGCAGAAGAUUUGAAUUGGAGCAUACAAGUGGAAGAUUUAGUAGAUAAUGGCGAUACUAAAGGUGCAAUAUCACUUUUAGAAUCAGUUAUUAACAAACUUGAAACCCUAAAUUUAUCAUCAUCGUCGUCAUCUAUUGAUCUGAAAUUGGCAACAGCUCUUACUGAUUUAGCUAAUCUAUAUUCUACUCAAGGUUUCUCACUUAAAGCUGAUGAACUUCAAUCUCGUUCUUUUCUACUCAAACAGAAGAAUUCCCACAAGAUAAAGAAUAACGAUUUGGGUAAGAAUGGGGUUUUAGAUACUGUUUCAGCUUGCGACGGUUCUCCUGCACCACCUUCAGAUGCUGAUGAUGAUGCUGAUGAUUGGGAAUCUAUUGCUGAUCGUCCAAUUGAUGAAACAUUAACCCCACCACCACCAGUACAUGAUAUAGGGAUAUCCAAACUUGCGUUGGAAGAUUCAAAACCGGAAACAACAACAACUAAGCGUCGAGGAAGGGGAGCAUUCAUGUAUAAGAAGAAUAGCUUGUAUAGUGACCAACAAACUGGUAGCGUGAACAGUGAGUGUUCUGAUGAUGAUGAAGUUGAAGUUGGUCAGAGUAACUCAGACGAAAAAUCAAAAUCUGGAAUUGCAAAUUUUGGCACCAGUCAUGUUCUUGUUCUAGCUGAUUUUCCACCCAGCACUAGAACAAUGGAGUUAGAGAAACUUUUUGAGAGCUUCAGAGAUCGCGGGUUUGUCAUUCGCUGGGUCAAUGAUACUGUUGCUCUCGCAGUGUUUAAAACACCUUCUACUGCACUUGAGGCUUGCAACAACGUACAUGCAUCAUUCAAAAUAUAUGUGCUACAGGAGAAUGAUAACCUUUUGAGCUCAAUUUCCAGAAGAGAUUUAGAACCUCCUACACCACGACCGAAGACUUCUGUUAGAACAGCUCAAAGACUGAUUGCUCAAGGUAUGGGUAGAAAGCUUUCUACUGAAACCUUUGGGUCAGCUGAGUUGAGAAAGCAGGAGGAAGCCAGAAAAAACCGCAUUGUUACAAGGCAAAUCUUGAAAGAUGAAGCCUGGGGCGAUGAUUAAACGUAAAGCUUUUUUUAUUCAUUUUGGGGAGAAUGGUGAGGAGAAUGUAUUGAGUCAGUUAUAUCAGGAGGAAGAAGAAAUGGAACGCUAAAAAGAGAAUAGGAAUUGCUGCAAGCUGGUCGUAACUUCUUUUUUGCUUCUUUUCCUCCCUUUGUUUCACUGCGCGAUUUUGUAUGCUCUUAAUGUGGUGUAUUUGCUUGACCUACUUCUGGAAGCUGGUAUUGGCUUUACAUCGAUUACAGUUAUCUUAACAAAUGUCUCUAAAAGAUUAGCCUUGUUUCAAUCUAUAAUUGACGAUAGUGUAAUAAUUAUUGGAUUUCGAUGACACAAGGUUGAAAAACCCCGAUUUAUAAUGUAAAAACCCCAAUUUAUGAUA